UAGGCGAAAACAUCGCUGGAAAGUAACACCUGCAUAAUCUGUCCACGUCAGUAUACAUGAGUUCUGUAACAUAACCUAAAAUUUCUGAUCCGGUAUACAGUCUUGCCAAUGAUCGAGCACCCGCUUCUAUGUCAGUUUUCGUGUACGUACGUCCUCAAUUGUAAACAAGAAUAAUUUUGCAAAAUGAAUUGGACUUUGUGGCUAUUUAUAAUCGGAUCCUUCGGCUGUAAUUAUGUACACGCUCAGGUUCAAAGGAUUCCACCAGGUGUGUCUCCUCAACAUUAUCAACAACCUGUUCAACAAGUACAUCAAAUGCCACAACAACAACAACAGUAUCAGCAACCUCAGGGACAGAUGCCUAUGCAUCAGGUUCCUGUUCAACAAGUACCUGUGCAACAACAUAUGCCAACUCAUCAAGUACCCAUUCAACAAGGACAUCAUGAUCAUCCACAGCAAAUACUUAAUGCUGCCAACAUAGCUCAUGAAAAAGCCCAUAUCCAAGAGCAUAUGGAAGUUCCAAUAGAUACUAGUAAAAUGACAGACCAAGAACUGCAGUUCCAUUAUUUUAAUAUGCACGAUGCUGAUAAUAAUAAUAAGUUAGAUGGUUGUGAACUUAUUAAGUCUUUGAUUCAUUGGCAUGAACAAGGUAAGGAAGCAGGAGGAACUAAUCCUCAAGAAAGACUGUUUAAAGAUGAAGAACUGGUAACAUUGAUAGACCCAAUACUUUCUACGGAUGAUAACAACAACGAUGGGUAUAUUGAUUAUCCUGAAUUCAUACAAGCACAGCAAAAUGCAGCAGCUACAGGCCGGCAGUAAUUGCAGACAAACAGUGUGACAUUAAAUGGAAUUAAAACGUAUUUUUACUCCAUCUUGAACAAACGUACUGUUACAUUUGUAAACGUGUCAUACUUUCCACCUGUUACAGUAUAAGUAAUGGUAUGGACUAUUACUUGUUAUAUAGAAAUGCAAUUAUUUUUAUUUUCUUCAUUUCUUUUUUCAAAUAAAAAUAAUUAUAAAUUAA